GGUAAAUAUUUUUUAUGCCCUCCGCCUCUGCUCUUCUUGUGCUGCUCUCCCCUAUUAUUUCCCAAUCCGUCUCUCAAAUCUCUCUCUCUCUCUUUCUAAUUUUUUCUCUUUCCGUUAAAUAAUUAUCUAAUAAAAAGCUUCAUUUUUUCUGCUUGUAUUAAGGGUGAAGUGGCGGGAGUUGAGGACUGGGGGAAAUGGCUGGGGUUGCAAGUGAUGACUCUGGGGGAGGAAGGUCAUUUGACGGGGGUUCGAGUGAGCAAUAUCAAGCCGGGGAAGCAUUGGCCGAAUGGAGGUCUUCGGAGCAAGUCGAAAACGGGAUACCGUCAACUUCACCCCCGUAUUGGGACAGUGACGACGACGAUGACGGAGGGCCGAAACCUUCCGACUUGUAUGGAAAGUAUACAUGGAAGAUUGAUAAGUUCAACCAAGUUAAUAAAAGAGAAUUACGGAGCAAUGCAUUUGAGGUUGGCGGCUAUAAAUGGUAUAUAUUGAUAUAUCCUCAAGGCUGUGAUGUUUGCAAUCACAUCUCUUUGUUUCUUUGCGUUGCCAAUCAUGACAAGCUUCUGCCAGGGUGGAGUCACUUUGCGCAAUUCACUAUCGCUGUGGUGAACAAAGAUCCGAAAAAAUCAAAAUAUUCAGAUACGUUACACCGUUUCUGGAAAAAGGAGCACGACUGGGGAUGGAAAAAAUUUAUGGAGCUGACAAAGGUGAAGGAUGGAUUUAUUGAUGCUGAAAAUACCUUGAUUAUUAAAGCUCAAGUGCAAGUUAUAAGGGAGAGAGCAGAGCGGCCAUUCCGUUGUCUUGACUGUCAGUAUAGAAGAGAGCUUGUACGAGUAUAUUUGACGAAUGUGGAGCAAAUUUGCCGGCGUUUUGUGGAAGAGCGACGUUCCAAACUUCUCAAGCUGAUAGACGAUAAAGCUAGAUGGUCCAGCUUUAGUGCUUUCUGGGGGGAUAUGGAUGAAAGUUCGAAAUUCCGCAUGGCUCGAGAGAAAUCAGAGUCAAUACUGAAAGUAGUUGUGAAACAUUUUUUCAUUGAAAAAGAGGUCACGUCUACCCUUGUAAUGGAUUCCUUGUAUAGUGGUCUCAAGGCUCUUGUAGGGCAGUAUAAGGAAACGACGAAGGUCAAGCAAUUGGGAAACGAAGAGUAUUCGGCUCCGAUUGUUCGCAUGGAUGAAGAUAUGUUUGUGCUGGAUAAGGAUGUGCUUCUGUUGCUUAAGAGAGCUGCCACGGCACCCUUGCCUCCAAAGGAUGAUAAGGGCCCUCAAAAUCGUACAAAGGAUGGGACUCCUGGAGAGGAGUUUAACAGAGAUUCUAUUGAACGUGACGAGAGGAGACUUACUGAAUUAGGUCGCCGGACUAUCGAGAUAUUCAUUUUAGCUCAUAUUUUCAGUAAAAUUGAAGUUGCGUACCAGGAGGCCGUUGCUUUAAAGAGGCAAGAAGAGCUCAUACGUGAAGAGGAGGCCGCUUGGCUUGCCGAUAUCGAGCACAAAGCGAGGCGUGGUGUAGCGGAUAAAGAAAAGAAGUCUAAAAAGAAGCAGGGCAAACAGAAACGAAAUAAUCGCAAAGGAAAAGACAAGAGCAGAGACGACAAGUCCAACAGUGUUGCACGAGACAAGAUCGAGGAAGAAGAAGAUAUCAUAGACGCCGAACCAGAAAGGGUUGUAAUCGAAACACCCGAAGCUGUUGAAGAUGAUUCCGAUGUAUCGGAUUCUAUAGACCGUGUUCCGGAAAUACUUCCGCCAGAUUCGGAAGACACUGAUACCUCGGAAGUGCAUCCUCCAACAGAAGCUAGUUCGAGCGUGCAAAACGGAACAGAAGGUAGGAGUUCGUCUGUAGUGGACGACAGCUCGUCCACUUGUUCCUCCGACUCGGUUCCUUCUGUGGCAAUACCCGUCUCUCAAAAAGUUAACUCCCGAAACCACAAAAAUAAAAAGUCUCCUAUCAGCUCGUCUGUUCAAUUUCCUAGGGGGAGGAACUAUCAAAGCAAGGUGAUGGCUUCUGAAACAGCUGAGUUGGUUAACGAAGAACCUAGUCAACUGUCUGAAGCUGCGCCAAAUGGCGGGCGUACAGUCGAUGCUUCUCGGAGCUCCAAGGUUGUUGAAUCUUUAUCUCGGGUACCCGAUCGUUCGUUUCAGGAGAGGAUGGUUAAUGGAGCUAAGCGGCAUGUGGGAAAGAAGGAGGAAGAAACUGCUCCGGUGAACGUAAAUAUCAGGGCUAAAGACGCAGAUGUCGAAGUACCUGUGGUUAGAUCAGCUCGUGUAACGUCUCCGCCAAGAAGUCGUUCGGAAAACGUUCCAUCUAUUGCUGCUGUAAAUUUGGAGUCGAAGCUUAACAAUGUUGGCAGUGAUCUGCCCACAGUUAAGAAACCUUCUUCCAACAGCCCUAAACAAGCUAAUAGAUCAGCCGUUGCGUCAAAUUCAGCUGAAAAUACAGCCGCAUCGAAACCAGAAACGCCGAAGCUCGCAACUCCAAAAAUGACAGAAAAGCCCUCCACUCACAAAUCACACACUGUAAGUGAAAAGCCUCCCCCGACAACACAGCAUGUGACGACGACUGCCUCCACAGCAGAAAAGCCGACCAUUCCGCCAAUUCCUGUUAUGUCGAGACCCUUGAGCGCUCCUCUAAUUCCGGGCCCCAGGCCCAGUGUGUCUGUUGUUUCUGGGCCCCACACGCAAACAGCACCCGUAUUGGCCCGUUCGGUCAGUGCCAUCGGCAGGCUCGGCCCGGAGCCCACUGCUGGUGCUGCUGGUGCUGGUGCACCUUCGUUUCAGAGCUACGUACCGCAGUCUUACCGUAACGCAAUCGUGGGCAGCCCUUCGCCCGCCUACACACAGAAUUAUGCGCCGAGUUCGUCAAUUUCAUAUCCGCAGUUGUACCCAGAUAGGGUCGACCCGAAUCAGAUGAAACCGGGUUUCUCGUUCGGGAUGCUGAGUCAUCACCACCACCACGAAAUGCUGCAGAACGCCGCACCUCCUCCCCCUCAGCCUGCUCCUCCACUCUGGAUGGAGAUGCCGAGCUUCGACUCGUACGUUCCGGUACAUUCCAGAAUAAACCACGAGGACCAACUGCCAGCUGGCGCCUCCACGGACGAGUUCUUCCCCCACCUUGACAUCAUCAACGACCUGCUCGACGACGAGAGCGGGAGCUCGAGCUACCAAGCCUUCGGCGGACCCCACUACCUGAACCGGCAUUAUAGCUUCCCAGGUGGCGGCGAUCCACCCGGCAUGCCAGGUGGCGCGGGAUCCUCGUGUAGGUUCGAGAGGACAAGGAGUUAUCCGGACGAGGGUGUGUUCCAGCAUAGCUACGGUGCACCUGUGGGGACCACGUACGACGCGUUGAGGGAUGGGAUUGUUCCUCCACAGGCGGCUGGCCCGCCACGUGGAGGGUAUAUGAACGGAGCCCAGAUUGGGGGGUUUUAUCCAAACCAGUGGCAGGUGGCGGGUUCGGAUUCGCCGUAUGUAAGUGUAAGGAACGCGGAUAAUAACAACGAUGGUGGAUAUCCGUAUCAUCAUCACCAUCAUCAUGUAACAGACUAUCAAAAUGUUGCCGGCGGGGUCAACGGCUACACAGUGUUUCGACCGUCGAGCGGACUCUAGAGAGAGAAAGAGGGUUUGAUUCUGUGGUAAGAGAGAUGUUCUGUAAAGAGUUAUUUCUGGUAUAAUUUGGCCCCUUUUUUUAGUUUUAAUUUGAAAAUGUUGGGGGAAGGUGUUUCUUGGGCCUUGUUAGAUUUCAAACAAAUGUUUGCCCAUGAUUUUUAAUAUUUAAUAACUAACUUGAAUUUUUAUUAUGAUUUGCUUGGA